UGCACAUUCAAGAAACCAAACAUAAACAAUUUAUAAUUUAAUAUCUGAUUUUUCGUAAUACAUUAAUGUUACUGUGAAGAAUAAACCAUGGUGCUAUACAGAGCCAGCGAGUCUCACUUUACAUCGAUAAUGUCAGUUCUCAAUCAGCUUAGACGAGAGAAAACUUUCUGCGAUGUCAUUUUAAAAGUACAAUCAAGUGAAAUACAUGCCCAUAGAUCAGUGUUAGCUGCUGGUUGUCCGUACUUCAAGUCUCUAUUUCUUGGCCAUUUUAGUGAAGCAACAAUGAAAGAGAUCAAUCUCUCUGAAGUAACAGAAAAUGUCGAUGCUUUGGAAAUCAUCCUGAAUUUCAUUUACUCUGGUGAAGUUGAAAUAAACAUGGAUAAUUUGGGCAUUAUAGUAAAACUGUCAUCCUUCUUCCUUCUAGAAACUCUUCGGCAGUUUUCAGCUGAUUUCAUGAAGGAAGCGUUAUGUCUGAAAACCUGUUUAAAGUUCUAUCUGUAUGCAGCUGAACAUGGGAUAACAGAUGUUGAAGUUGAUUCAGAACUUAUGAUGAAAUCCAGAUUUCAUGACUUCUUGAUCUUUGAAGAGUCUACUUUGAAUUUAUCAGCAGAUGAGCUUGCUUGCCUGAUAGAAAAGGAUGUGUUUGAGCAUUGUUCUGCUUACAAUAUUGUUCAGUUUGUGACAAAAUGGGUUAAUAAAGGCAAGACUGCAAAGCAUGUAUCAGUUGGUUUAGAGUUACUGGAUACAUUGAACAGAUUUGAAGAAAGAGUGACAUGUACAAAUUUGAAUGAGGUUUGUCUUGAAACUCUGUAUGAAAGGCUUGUGAUGACACUAGAAACAUGUGACAUUGAAAACAAGGAGGAUUUUCUGUCAAAGCUGAAAACUGCUGUUGAUGAAGUGGUGAUGGAUAAUUCUUCCGAAACUGAUCAUUCUCAGUGUGAUGUGGCAACCUGCAGUACAAGUCUUUCUGGGAAAGGGAAGAAAAAGGUUCCUGUAACAGAAUUAGCAGUUGUCACAUUAUCACCAAAACUAUGUGUUAUACAGGACUAUAAAAAAGCUCGUUUAGGAGGACUGAUUCAUCAUGUACAGGAACCUUUUAAUGAUGCUGUGUUCGAUGUCUGUACGUACAUUCCUAGGACACGGAGCUGGUACUAUGUGUGUGAGCUUCACGAACAGGGCGGAAUGCCAGAGUAUCUCAUUGACGGAUCUGGGUAUGAAAGUAGAUUGGUAGUUCUGGAUGAUAAUAUUGCAUUUGUUGAUAACCGCGGAGAUUACAUUGAUUUGUAUAACUUGAAAAGUCACACAUGGCAUGCACCUGAUGUACAGUACUAUGAUACAAACAUAAAUCCUGAACUGGAAGAUGGCCAUUUUCAGGCGAAUGAUGUUUGUUUUGUGACAGGGAAAGGAGAUGAAAAGUACAUGAUUGUCAGAAUGAGACUGUUUACAGACAAUUCAUUUGAUCAGGCGACUGAUAUGUAUUUCCGGGGUUACAUUCUUCGUAGCGAUGGUGAAUCAUGGGAUUGCAUCUUUGUCACUCCAACAAGGAUUCGAACAAACCUGUCAGACAAUGGCGGAAUGCCAGAAAUGAAUGCACACAUUAGCAAAACUAGCAACGAAAUGCUAGUAACUCAUAGCACAUUAGACGGUGGAUGGAAUAUUGUGUUUGUUGCCAAUCUGAAUAACCUGUUUCCUGUGCCAGUCAUAUUGAAAUCUGAAUUUAUUGAAGAUCAAGAUAUAUUCAGAGGCAGUGCUAUUUUAGAAGAAGAGGAUCGUUUACUUAUUGUUUCCAAUGGUACCAAAAAUUGUGGACAUGAGGCGAAAAUAUUGUAUGAAUAUAAAUUCAACUCGGAGGUACUGACUGAAGUGAACUUGCCAAGGAAGGAGAUAGCAACCAUUAAAAAACCGUAUGUUUAUGAUGAUGAGGAGACAGAAUACCCAUGUCUGUGUGAAUUCAGUGCCACUGAUGGUCAUUCAUUAUGGUACAUUGAGGGAAACCUGGACAUUGUUAGUGCUUUCACAGAAGUUCAGUUGGACAGCAAACAGAAUCUCAUUACAAAAAAACAUACUCCACCCCCAUUUGCUUGUAUCACCAGAGCGUUCGCUGGUCAAGUCAGAACUGAUAUUUUGUCCAGUUUAAAACCAAUCUCUCAUUUUCUAGUCAAAGAAAAUAGUAAAAAUUAGUGACUGUGAUAGUUUCAACACUGUUUUCAUUUUAAGGUUCACCUGUUAGUCUCAGGGGAUGGUCUGUUACAGGGUUAUCCUUUGAUUCCUCUUUAAAUGUAAGACAGUACUGUUAAUUAUGUCUCCCACCACACAGUGGUGUGGGAGACAUAUUGAUUUACUCCUGUCUUUGUGUGUCUGUCACAAAUCUUGUCCGCAUUCUUAGUCGAACAUUUCUAGUCCGAUCUUCACCAAACUUGAAUAAAAUGUGUUUGAUCAUAAGUCCUCGGCCAAGUGCAAUAACUAGCCAAACCAUGCCCAAGCACUUUGGACAUAUGGCAAAUCAGCCUUUUUACCCUUGUCCGCACUCUGACGAACAUUUCUCAUCCGAUUUUCACCAAACUUGAACCAAAUGUUUUUGACCAUAACUGCUCGGCCAAGUACAUUAACUAGCCAAAUCACUGGAGGCACUCCAGGAUUAUGGACCUUGAAUUACCCAGAAUCAGCCUUUUUACUCUUCAAAGGUAUAUUUGUAGUGAGUAAAUGGUAUUUAAAGACUGACUUGGUAUUUAGAUGAUUAUAUAGGCAGUUGUGGGAGACAUGCGCUUUUCUCAAAUUCAGCUCUAGUACUAUACAUUAUUCUUAAGGGUUCCGCAGAUGGUAAUAGAAACUUUUUGAAUUUCUAAAAUAUCUACCGGUAGAUUAGUUUUGAAUUUAUCGUUGAUGGGGUGUCUUCCAUUGUAAAUUUUAGCUACUCCUGGCACAAUAUCUUUUUGAUUUUAUAGUGACAAUUAUUAAAUGAAAUUUUGUAAAAAAUGAGCAAGAUUAUUUAGUGUGAAAGCAACAUCUCCAUACUUUUAUGCCCCCCGGCAUCUACUGAUGCGGGAGGCAUAAAGUGAUUGUCCUGUCUGUUCGUUCGUCCAUCCGUCCGUUCGAGGUUAACCAAAUGGGACCGUUUCGUCUAGCAUCAAUACCCCUUACUAGAAUGACUUGAUACUAAUGCAGAUGUAACCUGUGACCAUUCCUUAUCUUCAAACAUCACCUGACCUCAGUUUGACCUUGACCUUGACCUCGUUUUGGACAGGUUGCUUUGUAUGGGCCAUCUCUUGGUUAACAAAAUGGGACAGUUUCGUCUAGCAUCAAUACCCCUUACUAGAAUGACUUGAUACGAAUGCAGAUGUAACAUGUGACCAUUCCUCAUCUUCAGACAUCACCUGACCUCAGUUUGACCUUGACCUCGUUUUGGACUUAGGUUGCUUUGUAUGGGCCAUCUCUUGGUUAACCAAAUGGGAACGUUUCGUCUAGCAUCAAUAUCCCUUACUAGAAUGACUUGAUACUAAUGCAGAUGUAACCUGUGACCAUUCCUCAUCUUCAGACAUCACCUAACCUCAGUUUGACCUUGACCUUGACCUCGUUUUGGACUUAGGUUGCUUUGUAUGGGCCAUCUCUUGGUUAACCAAAUGGGACCGUUUCGUCUAGCAUCAAUACCCCUUACUAGAAUGACUUGAUACUAAUGCAGAUGUAACAUGUGACCAUUCCUCAUCUUCAGACAUCACCUGACCUUAGUUUGACCUUGACCUUGAACUUGACCUCGUUUUGGACUUAGGUUGCUUUGUAUCGACAAGGCUGCCACCGGGGGCAUCAAGCGUUUAUUGAGCGUAGCUCCUUGUUUUUUGUGAAAUUUGGAAAAGAAAAGAUUUUCUUUCGAAAUUGUGAACAAAAUUGCUUAGUUUUUACAUAGGGAAAAAUAUAAAUUGAAAUUUUUAAAUAUUAUCUUAAAAAUACAAAAACGAUCAGCCUUGGAGACUUUUAGAAUUAUGUAGUUUAUAUCUGGAUACUGCAAGAUACCGUGAAUUAGACAGUAAAAAAAGACCCUUGAUAAGUUUUAUUUUUGCAUACUAAACAGGAGGUUCUGAUGUUUUUAGCUCACUUGUCACAAAGUGACAAGGUGAGCUCUUGUGAUCGCGCGGUGUCCGUCGUCCGUGCGUCUGUCCGUGCGGCUGUAAACUUUUGCUUGUGACCACUCUAGAGGUCACAAUUUUCAUGGGAUCUUUAUGAAAUUUGGUCAGAAUGUUCACCUUGAUGAUAUCUAGGUCAAGUUCGAAACUGGGUCACAUGCCGUCAAAAACUAGGUCAGUAGGUCUAAAAAUAGAAAAACCUUGUGACCUCUCUAGAGGCCAUAAUUUUCAAUGGAUCUUCAUGAAAAUUGGUCAGAAUGUUUACCUUGAUGAUAUCUAGGUUAAGUUCGAAACUGGGUCACAUGCCUUCAAAAACUAGGUCAGUAGGUCUAAAAAUAGAAAAACCUUUUGACCUCUCUAGAGGCCAUAUAUGUCACAAGAUCUUCAUGAAAAUUGGUCAGAACUUUCACCUUGAUGAUAUUUAGGUCAAAUUCGAAACUGGGUCAGGUGCCUUCAAAAACUAGGUCAGUAGGUCAAAUAAUAGAAAAACCUUGUGACCUCUCUAGAGGCCAUAUUUUUCAUGGGAUCUGUAUCAAAGUUGGUCUGAAUGUUCAUCUUGAUGAUAUCUAGGUCAAGUUCGAAACUGGGUCAUGUACGGUCAAAAACUAGGUCAGUAGGUCUAAAAAUAGAAAAACCUUGUGACCUUUCUAGAGGCCAUAUAUUUCACAAGGUCUUCAUGAAAAUUGGUCAGAACGUUCACCUUGAUGAUAUCUAGGUCAAGUUCGAAACUGGGUCACGUGCGAUCAAAAACUAGGUCAGUAGGUCAAAUAAUAGAAAAACCUUGUGAUCUCUCUAAAGGCCACAUUUUUAAUGGGAUCUGUAGGAAAGUUGGUCUGAAUGUUCAUCUUGAUGAUAUCUAGGUCAUAUUCAAAACUGGGUCACGUGCUGUCAAAAACUAGGUCAGUAGGUCUAAAAAUAGAAAAACCUUGUGACCUCUCUAGAGGCCAUAUAUUUCAUGAAAUCUUCAUGAAAAUUGGUCAGAAUGUUCACCUUGAUGAUAUCUAGGUCAAGUUCGAAAGUGGGUCACGUGCCUUUAAAAACUAGGUCAGUAGGUCAAAUAAUAGAAAAACCUUGUGACCUCUCUAGAGGCCAUAUUUUCCAUUGGAUCUGUAUAAAAGUUGGUCUGAAUGUUCAUCUUGAUGAUAUCUAGGUCAAGUUAGAAAGUGGGUCACAUGCGGUCAAAAAUUAGGUCAGUAGGUCAAAUAAUAGAAAAACCUUGUGACCUCUCUAAAGGCCAUAUUUUUCAGUGGAUCUUCAUGAAAGUUGGUCUGAAUGUUCAUCUUGAUGAUAUCUAGGUCAAGUUCGAAACAGAGUCAUGUGCGAUCCAAAACUAGGUCAGUAGGUCUAAAAAUAGAAAAACCUUGUGACCUCUCUAGAGGCCAUACUUUUCAAUGGAUUUUCAUGAAAAUUGGUCAGAAUGUUCAUCUUGAUAAUAUCUAGGUCAAGUUCAAAAGUGGGUCACGUGCCUUCAAAAAGAAGGUCAGUAGGUCAAAUAAUGAAAAAACGUUGUGACCUCUCUAUAGGCUAUAUUUUUCAUGGGAUCUGUAUGAAAGUUGGUCUGAAUGUUUAUCUUGAUGAUAUCUAGGUCUAGUUUGAACCUGGGUCAACUGCGCUCAAAAACCAGGUCAGUAGGUCUUGAAAUAGAAAAACCUUGUGACCUCUCUAGAGGCCAUACCCUUGAAUGGAUCUUCAUGAAAAUUGGUCAGAAUGUUCACCUUGAUGAUAUCUAGGUCAAGUUUGAAACUGGGUCACGUGCCUUAAAAAACUAGGUCAAUAGGUCAAAUAAUAGAAAAACCUUGUGACCUCUCUAGAGACCAUAUUUUUCAAUGGAUCUUCAUGAAAAUUGGUCAGAAUUUUUAUCUUGAUAAUAUCUAGGUCAAGUUCAAAACUGGGUCACAUGAGCUCAAAAACUAGGUCACUAUGUCAAAUAAUAGAAAAAACGAGGUCAUACUCCAAACUGGAUCAUGUGGGAAGAGGUGAGCGAUUCAGGACCAUCAUGGUCCUCUUGUUAGUAAUUUUACCAAUGCUUGGAAACUAUCAUACUGUAAAAGCAGAAAUUUUCAUGUGGAUUUAAAUUUCACUAAAAUCGUGAGGCCUUACAUAUUGCAAAAAUGAAUCCUCUUGUAAAUAUUCAUCAUUAGUAUAAUUUGAAUUCAAGUAGGAUACCAUUUCUACAAUGUCGCGAAUAUUAAACCUCGCGAACAUACUCAAAAUUUAAAAAUCAAGAAAUUUUGACCCAGCAGAAAUAUGUGUUUUUACAGUAACAAGCUACAUUUACUAGUAUGUUAAAGAUUUUAGACUGGUGUUCAUUUUUAUUUUUUUUAUAUGUGAAGCAGGAUGAAAAUCAGUGAUUAAAGUACUUUAUUCAAUUUGCAGUUUUCAUGGUAGGUUCUUUACCCUGCUAAAUUUCUAAAAUGGACUGUUCCAUCAUUCAAUUGGGGCAGUGCCACUUAUUAUUCGAAGCAGUGUUCGUUGAAGAUUUACUUACUGAAUAGCAAACAGUGCAGAGCAUGAUCAGCCUGCACAGAUUUUGGUCUGCACUGGUUGCAAACGCAUAAUCACUUGCCGCCAGCAGGCUAAAAGUUAAUGAAAGUUUGCAUAAUGUUAUUUUGCAGAUAAUUUAAAUAAACAGGAACUCGCUGUUGUUGUGUACCUUUGAAAUGUUACAACUUCAUUUCUGUUUGCUGAUAUACAUUUCCCACUUUCUGUUUAGAUACAUUUUAUCGAGAAAAUACUGCUGUUAAUAUUUCAGAUGUUUUAUUUCAUCAAUGCAAGUUCAGCAUAAGUAAAAGGUCCAGCAUCCAUUGGUCAUCAUCUUGCAUUAACAUUUUAACUUUACCAGCUUUUCCAUUGAAACUACAGGCCAGACUUGGUCUGUAGCAUCAUGGAAAGGUUCUCCCAAGGUUGUUCAGCUUGACCACAUUUAUUAGGUAACAAGUGCUAGAAACAGAAAAACCUUUAAACAACUUCUUCUCAUUAACAUGUUCUGCAGCAUCCUUAUCUGGUUGUCUGUCAAGUUUAUUCAAAUGCAUUUGCUUGACCCCUCUUGCUUGAAAUAGAAAAAACCUUUAAACAACUUCCUUUCAUGAACCAUUUGAGGAUCUUGACCUCUAUGGUUACUCUGAAAUUUGUUCAAAUAGUUAGCCCCAUUUUGUCAAAUACUUAGGCCCGUUUUGGGGCUAAAUAGCUUAACAUAGAAAAAGCUUUAAAUGACUUCUUUUUGUGAAUUAUUUGAUUGACCUAGUACUCUAAAUUAGUCUAUAGCAUCAUUGCUUUGUCCUCUCUCAGUUGUUUUUCAAAUGAUUCCCAUUGACUCCUUUUAAAAAUAAAAAGCUUUAAACAGCUUCUCAUGAAUCACAUGAUAGAUUUUCUCAAACAUUUGUCUGUAGCAUCCUCUUUCAAAUUUGUUCAGACAGUUUUGUCUUUGCCUCUUUGUGGCUGCCAGAGCUGAGAACAGAAAAAAAUGACUUAUCAAGAACUGCUUGAUAGAACCAUUCUAAAUUUGGUCAGUAUCUUAUGAUUCUCUUGUAGUUUUGUUCAGAUGGUUCCACUUGGUCCUUUAUAGGGACUCUGAAGCUAAAAGAAGAAAUUUCAUGAUCCACUUGCUGGAUCUGCACUGAAAUUGGUCUGUAUCAACCUUGUUUUGAUCAUCUUUAAGUUUGUUAUGUUUUCGCUUAGCAUCAGAGCUUAAAAUAGGAGAAGUAUUACCAAUCAAACAACAUCUUCCCAUGAAUCACUUGACUAAUCAUAACCAGAUUUGGUUUGUCUGUCUUGUUCAGGCCUCAUUGGGGUUUGUUCAAAUGGUUCAGCUUGAACCUUUUUAGGAGCUGUCCAAGCUAAAAAAAAACCUUUAAUGACCUAUCAUAAACCACUUGAUAAAUCUUUGCCAAAAUUGGUAUGUAGCAUCUUUGUACGGACCUCUCACAAAUUGUUUCAUGAUUAUGGUAAAGUCUGACCGCUGCUAGGAGCCACUGGAGGUAAACAUAGAAACACAAAGUCAAUGGCCAUAAUCAUCAACAUUUAAAGUCUGAAACUUAGACUUAAGAGCGGUAAUUUUCAACUUGCAAUACUAUUAUUUGAGCCAUGCCAUGGGAAAACCAACAUAGUGGCUUUGCGACCAGCAUGGAUCAAGACCAGCCUGCGCAUCCGCGCAGUCUGGUCAGGAUUCAUGCUGUUCGCUAACAGUUUCUGUAAUUGCAAUAGGCUUUGAAAGCGAACAGCAUGGAUCCUGACCAGACUGCGUGGAUGUGCAGGCUGGUCUGGAUCCAUGCUGGUCGCAAAGCCACUAUGUUGGUUUUCUCAUGGCACGGCUCAUUUAUAGUAUAUACACUAAAUCAUCAUUUGCUCAAAGGAUGUAAGGGGACAAACAAAACACUUGAGUUUGCAUGGGUUUCCAGUGUUCUAAACAGAGAAACUUUGAAUAAAAUGACUGUGAACCACAUGAAAUGUGAGCCCAAGUGCUUAAGACACCAGUACUUGAGUGAGCAGUAUUUCACUGUAUAUACAGAUGAAAGCUUGCCUAUUCAUGAAGGGUUUGAAUAGUAUUUCUGAUAAUUAAACAGUCACAGAGCAGAAGUAACACUGUAUUGUUAAGACAAUUAAAAUCUUAAGUUUCAGACUAAAAAUUUUGAUGAAUUCAUAAGAAAGGGAUAUUACUAUUUCAUUUAGGUUUACUUUCAAACACAAAUAUAAGUACAGAAAAUUAUACAGUGUGCCGGUAUACAGGUGGAAGUUAUUGCUAGCUCUGACCCAAGUACAAAUGUGCUUGUUGUCACAGAACAUUCAGUUAGAGAAAGUUACAUUGUACAUUUGUACAUACUUUAUACUUUUUAUAGAGUAAUAACGCCAUGUGCUAGUGUGCAGCUCAUUGUUGUCUUGGUAUCUAUGUAAAUGAUUUAAGUCACCUCUUGCAGAAAACUGUCAUGUGGGUUUAAUAUAUAUGUUGCUAAUAUCUUUACCAUUUAAUUAAUACAUUUACCAUUUUGAAUAGAUUUUUAUUCAAAGUAAUAAAUAUCUAUGCAUUACCCAAAAGUAUUGUGUGUGGGGGGGGGGGGGGGGGGGAAGAAAAUGAUAGAUAACUGUUGAUGUAAGUAUUAUAUAUUUUUAGCUCACCUGUCACAAAGUGACAAGGUGAGCUUUUGUGAUCGCGCGGCGUCCGUCGUCCGUCCGUCCGUGCGUGCGUGCGUCCUUAAACUUUUGCUUGUGACCACUCUAGAGGUCACAUUUUUCAUUGGAUCUUUAUGAAAGUUGGUCAGAAUGUUCACCUUGAUGAUAUCUAGGUCAAGUUCGAAACUGGGUCACGUGCCGUCAAAAACUAGGUCAGUAGGUCUAAAAAUAGAAAAACCUUGUGACCUCUCUAGAGGCCAUAUAUUUCACAAGAUCUUCAUGAAAAUUGGUCAGAAUGUUCACCUUGAUGAUAUCUAGGUCAAGUUCGAAACUGGGUCACGUGGGGUCAAAAACUAGGUCAGUAGGUCUAAAAAUAGAAAAACCUUGUGACCUCUCUAGAGGCCAUAUUUUUCAUGAGAUCUUAAUGAAUGUUGGUCAGAAUGUUCACCUUGAUGAUAUCUAGGUCAAGUUCGAAACUGGGUCACGUGGGGUCAAAAACUAGGUCAUUAGGUCUAAAAAUAGAAAAACCUUGUGACCUCUCUAGAGGCCAUAUUCCUCAAUGGAUCUUCAUGAAAAUUGGUCAGAAUGUUCAGCUUCAUGAUAUCUAGGUCAAGUACGUAACUGGGUCACGUGGGGGUAAAAACUAGGUCAGUAGAUCUAAAAUUAGAAAAACCUUGUGACCUCUCUAGAGGCCAUAUUUUUCAUGAGAUCUUCAUGAAUAUUGGUCAGAAUGUUCACCUUGAUGAUAUCUAGGUCAAGUUCAAUACUGGGUCAUGUGGGAUCAAAAACUAGGUCAGUAGGUCUAAAAAUAGAAAAACUUUGUGACCUCUCUAGAGACCAUAUUUCUCAAUGGAUCUUCAUGAAAAUUGGUCAGAAUGUUCAUCUUGAUGAUAUCUAGGUCAAGUUCGAAACUGGGUCACGUGCGGUCAAAAACUAGGUCAGUAGGUCUAAAAAUAGAAAAACCUUGUGACCUCUCUAGAGGCCAUAUUUUUCAAUGGAUCUUCAGGAACAUUAGUCAGAAUGUUUACCUUGAUGAUAUCUAGACCAAGUUCGAAACUGGGUCACGUGGGGUCAAAAACUAGGUCACUAGGUCUAAAAAUAGAAAAACCUUGUGACCUCUCUAGAGGCCAUUUAUUUCAUGAGAUCUUCAUGAAUAUUGGUCAGAAUGUUCACCUUGAUGAUAUCUAGGUCAGGUUCGAAACUGGGUCACGUGGGGUCAAAAACUAGGUCAGUAGGUCUAAAAAUAGAAAAACCUUGUGACCUCUCUAGAGGCCAUAUUUCUCAAUGGAUCUUCAUGAAAAAUUGUCAGAAUGUUCACCUUGAUGAUAUCUAGGUCAAGUUUGAAACUGGGUCACGUACGGUCAAAAACUAGGUCAGUAGGUCUGAAAAUAGAAAAACUUUGUGACCUCUCUAGAGGUCAUAUUUUUCAUGGGAUCUUUAUGAAAAUUGGUCAGAAUGUUCAUCUUGAUGAUAUCUAGGUCAAGUUCGAAACUGGGUCACGUGCGGUCAAUAACUAGGUCAGUAGAUCUAAAAAUAGAAAAACCUUGUGACCUCUUUAGAGGCCAUAUUUUUCAAGCGAUCUUCAUGAAAAUUGGUCAGAAUGUUGACCUUGAUGAUAUCUAGGUCAAGUUCGAAACUGGGUUACGUGCGGUCAAAAACUAGGUCAGUAGGUCUAAAAAUAGAAAAAUCUUGUGAUGUCUCUAGAGGCCAUAUUUCUCAAUGGAUCUUCAUGAAAAUUGGUGAGAAUGUUCACCUUGAUGAUAUCUAGGUCAAGUUCAUAACUUGGUCAUGUGCGGUCAAAAACUAGGUCAGUAGGUCGAAAAAUAGAAAAACCUUGUGACCUCUCUAGAGGCCAUAUUUUUCACGAGAUCUUCAUGAAAAUUGGUGAGAAUGUUCACCUUGAUGAUAUCUAGGUCAGGUUUAAAGGUGGGUCACAUGCCUUCAAAAACUAGGUCAUUAGGUCAAAUAAUAGAAAAACCUUGUGACCUCUCUAGAGGUCAUAUUUUUCAAUGGAUCUUCAUGAAAAUUGGUCAGAAUUUUUUAUCUUGAUGAUAUCUAGGUCACAUGUGCUCAAAAACUAGGUCACUAUGUCAAAUAAUAGAAAUAACUAGGUCAUACUCAGUUCAACACUGGGUCAUGUGGGGAUAGGUGAGCGAUUCAGGACCAUCAUGGUCCUCUUGUUAUUUUUUACCCUCAAGUGAGAGCUUUUUAAUAAACUGUUUUUCUUUGUUUAUCAGAGUAAUGUUGUAUGUAUUGUUUUAUUAUAAGGUCAUUGGAGCAGAUACUAGAAUAUAAUAUGCAAUUUUUCUUCAGUUGAGAAUAAUAUGGCUUAUUUUAUUCUGUGAAAAAAAUGUGAAGCAUUGAUAAUACUUCAGCUGCUACAAAGUGACUAAACCAGUACAUCAUUUGGCAACAGAUGUUUUUAUAUAUUAUGCUUCUUUUAACAGGAACACAGAUUGUCACAGACAGUGAUUUAAGAUGUUUUGUUUUAAAAUUAAAUACUUUGUUUUGAAUCAGUGAA